GGCCGCUGGGGGGGGGUCGUGUCGCUAGGGCCACCGGAGGGCCAAGAUGCUGGCGUGUCUGAUAAAUCAGGGACCUGGGGCUUGGACGGGACCAGUGUUGGUGAAGCCGACCGAGGGAGUUAAGUAUGUUCUCAGGAGGGAAAUAACAUCUCUGCAAUUUCACGCCUGUCAAGUCCUUGGCUUUCAUCUCAUAACUGGUUCAUGACUUGGUACAUGAAGGAAGGAAUUCAAAGUGCCGUGAUUGAGGGACAUGAUAACUCAUGUGUGAAAAGGAAGAAGAGGCCUCAGGACUAGGGGUGCCUUGUCAGUUUACAGACAUUUGACCAGAGGCCUCUGCAGAGCGUCAGGACGGAGAGAAGUCACAGAACGAGCAGAUUUUCCAAGCAGCAGAAAAUGAUCAAGUCACAGAUCUCCUUUGAGGAUGUGGCUGUGGACUUCACUUUGGAGGAGUGGCAGCUACUUAAUCCUACUCAGAAGAACUUGUACAGAGAUGUGAUGUUGGAGAACUAUAGCAAUCUAGUUUUCUUGGGUUAUCACAUUAUCAGACCUGAUGCAAUUUUCAAGCGGGAGCAAGAAGAGCCGUGGAUGGUGCAGAAAGAAGUUCUAAGUCAGAGCUUUGCAGAAGAAGUCUGGCUAGAUAACAGUCUCAAAAUGUGGCACCAGGAUAAUCAAGACAAGCUUAGAAGUAUGGAGAGAGGCCAUGAAUAUGAUGUUUUUAGGAAAAUAUUUCAUUCAAGCAUUAACUUUGUUCAUUUAGGAAUGAGACCCCAUAAAUGUGGCACAGGUGAAAAAAGUUUGAAACAUCCUUUUGAGUUUCUUAUUCCAAAAAAUAACCAUGGAAGAAAAAAGCUUGAUGAGCUCAAUAAGAAAUAUUUAUUCUAUAUCAAAGCUGAUAGAACCCAUGGUGGAAUGGCAUACUGUGGUUGCAGUAAAUGUAGAAAAGCUAGCAGUACAGGGUCGUGGCCCAAUGCAAACCAUAUAACACAUACAGGAGUCCAUUUAUGCAUGGAAUGUGGCAACGUUUUUAAUAAGAAGUCACAGCUCAUUAUACAUCAGCGAACUCACACAGGAGAGAAGCCCUAUGGAUGCAGUGAAUGUGGGAAAGCCUUCUCACAGAAGUCAUUGCUCACUAUUCAUCAAAGGACUCAUUCAGGAGAAAAACCAUAUGGGUGUGGUGAAUGUCAAAAAGCUUUCAGUAGGAAGUCACUGCUUAUUUUACACCAGAGGACUCACACAGGAGAGAAGCCAUAUGGAUGCAGUGAAUGUGGGAAAGCCUUCAGCAGGAAGUCACAACUUAAAAGACAUCAGAGGACUCACACAGUAGAGAAGCCCUAUGGCUGCAGUGACUGCGGGAAAGCCUUCUCCCAGAAAUUAAAGCUCAUUACACAUCAGAGAACACACACAGGAGAGAAGCCCUAUCAAUGUAGUGACUGUGGGAAAGCCUUCUUCUGGAAGUCACAGCUGAUUACUCAUCAGAGGACUCACACAGGGAAGAAACCAUAUGCAUGUAAUGAGUGUACAAAAGCGUUCAGCAGGAACUCACUGCUCAUCAGGCAUCAGAGGAUCCACACAGGAGAGAAGCCCUAUGAGUGCAGUGAGUGUGGGGAAGCCUUCAUCAGGAAACCACAACUUCUCAAGCAUCAAAUUACUCACACAGGAGAGAAGAACUAUCAGUGCAAUGAUUGUGAGGAAGCAUUCUUUAAGAAGUCAGAGCUGAUCAGACAUCAAAAAACUCACUUAGGGGAGAAACCCUAUGGGUGUGUUGAAUGCGGAAAAACCUUCUUUGGGAAGUCACAGCUGCUAACACAUCAGAGAACUCACACUGGAGAGAAACCAUAUGAUUGCAGUGAGUGUGGGAAAGCCUUCACCCAGAAGUCCAGCCUGAUAUCACACCAGAGGACACACACAGGGGAGAAACCCUAUGAGUGCACUGAAUGUGGGAAAACCUUCAGUGAGAAGUCAAGCCUUAUUCAUCACCAGAGAACCCAUACCGGAGAGAAACCCUUUGAAUGUGGUGAAUGUAGGAAAGCAUUUGCCUGGAAGCCACAGCUUCUUAGGCAUCAGAGAAUUCAUACAGGGGAGAAACCCUAUAAAUGCAGUGAGUGUGGGAAAGCUUUUGUUCAGAAAGUGCAGCUCAUUAAGCAUCAGAGAAAUCAUACAGGAGAGAAAACCUAUGGAUGUAGUGAUUGUGCAAAAGCCUUCUUUGAGAAGGCACAGCUUGUUAUACAUCAGAGAAUUCACACAGGAGAGAGACCCUAUAAAUGUGGUGAAUGUGGGAAGUCUUUUACCAGAAAGUCACACCUUAUGAGACAUCAGAGAAUCCAUACAGGAGAUAAAUACUAUGUGUGCAGUGAGUGUGGGAAAGCCUUCAGCAGGAAGUCCCAACUCGUGAUUCAUCAGAGGACUCACAUACUCUAGGAACCAUGUGAGUGCUGGAAUGUGAAAAAUCUCCUAUCAGACAUCAUGCCUUCUGACAUGUCAGAGGACACACAUACACGGGAGGAACCCUGUCAGUGCCCUGGGAAGGCAAGUCUCACCCAACACUUGAUAAAAGAGGGAAUCUUUUGAAGUAGACAGUGUAAGAGAGCCUUCUCCUAGAAAACACAACUGGUUACACAUUACUGACUUAACAUGGAAUUCUUAUCAAUAUUGUGGUACAGAAUCUUGUAGUCAGAAGUGACAGCUCAUUGUUAGAGGAACUACACUCAAGGAGAAACUGGGCCGUUGUAAAAAGCAAGUGAAAGGGUUCAUGAAGAAAAGAUAACUCACAGUACACUAGAGAAUGCAUACACAAAGGAAAUACUGAAUAGUAUGAAUUAGAGAUUUUAAUAUAGAAGAGCAGUCCUAGUUUGAAGAAUUUGGAUAAGCAUGAUCCUAUUGAAAGAGUUCUUUAACGUUGUGUUUGUUGUAUCUAAGUUUUUAUUAAAAUAGUUAUUUUUUAAGUGGUAGAUGUGUUUAAAGUAUGAAGACUUCUGCUUUCUGCUACGGUGGUAUGGCAAGGAACAGAUUAAUUCCCCUGCCUUGAACAGCUAGAACCUGUAAAACAUAAAUGAAAUGAUAGUUUUGAAAUCUAUGGCAGGCAGAAGUUUGUGAUUCCUGGCAGAAGGUAGACAGAGUGAGGUGAGCCCCAUGACAGCCCAGCCUAGUGCCUGGUGGCAGUUCCCAGGCUGCAGUAUUGUUGAAGAGAACUACUGACUUGGCAUUUGGGGAGGCCAUGGUAGCUAGAAUUUGCAGGGAAAGGUACUGGGGAGGAGGGAGCUUUCCAGAAAGAGGGCUGCAGAAAUCCAAGGAGUCCUCUUGAGUCUCUUGGUUUAGUGCUGAUCUGCAUAUGUGUGAAAGGAAAAAGUAGUUCUGGAAAGCAGUAGGCUGAACAGUUCCUAGAAAUCAAAGCAGGGCUGCGAGUAAAGUUCCCACCAGCUUUGAACACAUGGGGCAUCAGGUAGGGUUCUCAGCAGAGUAGACCUUGUGAAGUAAUUAACCCUAGAUUAAAAUCCACUCAGGACCCACAGUGUGUGGCAUCCAAAAACUUAGCUGGCAUGCGAAGAAGCUACAUGAAUACAACUUGUAACCAGGACAAAAAAUGAUUCAGUAGGAAGAGACAUAAAAGAGACCAAGACAGUUGGCAUUAGAUAAAGAUGUUCAAGUAGCUUUUAUAAAUACACAGGAAAAUGUGAAUGUGAUAAAACCUGAAGUGGAAGAUGUAUUUUAAAAAGCCCAAGUGUGGGGAUCCCUGGGUGGCUCAGCAGUUUAGCACCUGCCUUUGGCCCAGGGCAUGAUCCUGGAGUCCCGGGAUCAAGUCCCACAUCAGGCUCCCUGCAUGGAGCCUGCUUCUCUCUCUGCCUGUGUUUCUGCCUCUCUCUCUCUCUCUCUCUCUCUGUCUCUCAUGAAUAAAUAAAUGAAAUCUUUUUUUAAAAAAGCCCAAGUGCAACUUCUCAAGAUGAAAACAGUAGUAUCUGAGGAUUAAAAAAAUGACCAAAAAAAGCCAACUUUGGAUGGAAUUAAGAACAGAUCAGACAAAGAAGAAGAAACGUUGAUGAACUUAAGUACGAACAAAAACUGUCCAACUGCUGUACACAGAGAAAAAAAAGACUGGAAGAAAAGAGAGGAGGGAGUCAGUUGCAGUGGGACAACCAACAUACAUCCGAAGUGGAGUCGUAGGAGAGGAUGGGGAAGAGGCAUGAGAAAGUAUUUGAGUAAAUAAUGGCUGAAAUGUUUACACAUAGGAUGAAAAGUGUGACACCACAUAUUUCAGAUGUUCAAAGAACCCCAAACAAGAUAUGUAAAGAAAAUCCUGCUAAUGGACAUCAUAGUCAAAUUGAUGAAGAACUAUUAUAAGACACCUAGAGAAAGAUAGGAUAUGGUCACAGAGCAGAGAACGACAGCACACUCCUGCCCAGAAAGUACUUGAGCAAGAAGACAGAGUGACCCCUGCAACCUGGCAUUUGUCUGUUACCCAUCUUUCAAAAAUGAAAGCAAAAGAAGACUUUUUCAGAAAAAGUCAAAGAGAAUUUAUUAGCUGUAGGCCUUCCUUCAGGAAACCUUAAAGUAAGUUUCAGCACAGCAGGAAAAUCAUCUUCAAUAGAAAUGUGGGUCUACAGGACAAAAUGAAGAGUUCUGGAAAAGAUGAAUAUGUGGAUAAACAAUAAAUGAUUUUUUAUUCAAAUUCAAAGAUUUUUUUUUAAAUCUUUGAAAAAGGUAAUUGAUUGCUUAAGGCCAAAGUAGUAACAAUGUAUUGUGGGAGUAAAGUGUACAACAACAACAACACUUAGGUAUGAAUUUUCAAACACAGUUAAAUAGAUUGCAUGAUGUGAGUUAGAAACCUGUUUCUCAGGCUCAGAGUGACUCUCUAGCAGCUACACUGCACAUAGGCUGGACCUGGAUAGGUCCUGGUUGUGACCUACUUCUCCCUGCCCUGCACUCUCAGGGGCUGCCCCACUAGUUUUUCUGCUUAGGCUCAACCAUGGGAGGGGCUAGAUCAGCCGGCGGGAGAGGAAAGGCUGGAACAUGUAUUCCUCCCAGCUCCCCUUACUGGACCUUGGUUUUGGGCGAGUGUAUGCCUGUAUGGCUGCAGCUCCUGCUGGGCAGCGCUCCUCUGGGGCUGUAGACUUCUCAGUUAACACCUCCCUCUCCUUGCUCUUCAGAUACUUUACCAUCUCUGGUUGGUGUCCUUAAUUCUGAACACAUAUGUAAAUAGUCCCUCUAUUAAAUGUUCUUGAGUUAAUAUUCUGAGUGUACCAUUUGUUUUCUGUGCCAUGUUAAAUGAUGAGCAUUUAACAAAAUUUUGAGUGUCAACUAUUGGUACAUGUGCCUCAUAGGGCAUAGACUGAUAUCUAUCAAGAUUUCCCAUACUGAGUGUCAAUGUUUUCUCUUCGUUUUUAAACAAUUCAAUAGAAAUUAGAUUACAAAGUUCUUUGUGUUUUUUUGUUUUGUUCUGCAAAUGUGAAUGGCUCCACAGAUUAUCAUCUGCUACAUAUCUAAUGGUCUUGCAGUUAUUACCAACCCUUCUUCAAUAAGAGAAACUAAAACAUUUAUGAAGUCUCAUGCUAUCUCUGGAUUAGCCAAGCAAUUUACAAAACACACUGGCAUUAUGUUCAAUAUGUAUGAACAAGAAAAAGAUAAUCAGUUACUGCAUGAGGUAGAAAGGAAUGAUUGUGCUGUGCAUACCGUCAUUCCGUAUUGUGCUGCUUUUUAUUCUAUAUAAUCUGUAGUCCAUGGACAAGAUUCUCAUGUCAGUAGUCAGAAUUGCCAGAGUCUCUAAAGCUCCACACCAUUGCCCAUCACCAACACCAUAGUCUAGUCAAGUAGACUACCAAUGAUCCCCAACACAGCAGCCCCAUACGUGGUCAUUUGUCAAACACCUCUUAAGAAUUUCACCUUUCUUUAUUAUCUCUCACCCAGUCCUUUUCCCUUGGUACCCAGAGCACUUUUGAAGGGAAAUAAUUGCCAUCAGGCUACCCAGCUGCAUUUUCUCUCCAGGUGCUUUUCCAUUUCAAUACGCAUUUUGAGGAAGCUUUUCAUGCGGGUCUUCCAUUUUGUAUAACCCUGAAACACACCAUUCACAAUGCAGUCUGUGCCUAUAAACUUGUGUAUUACACUGGUCCUGUCUUUAAGGAAUUAGCUUGCAAAUGAAAUCAAUGUCUCGAGGCUUGGUAGUUGGAAUAUAGUGCUGUGACAGUUACCUUUAACAGUUUCUCUGUAAUAGGACUGUGUGCUCUAUAUCUGGUAGCAAAAUGGUUUCUACCAAUACAGCUCUCCUCGGGCCCCAUGUAUUUGUCACAUAGUGAAGGCAAGGACAUGCUCACUCUCCUCUUAGAAAACUUGGGACGCCUGGGUUGCUCAGUGGUUAAGCAUCUGUGUUCAGCUCAGGGCGUGAUGCUGGGGUCUGGGGAUCAAGUCCCAUGUCGCGCUCCCUGCAAGGAGCCUGCUUCUUCCUCUCCCUGUCUCUCUGCCUCCUUUCUGUGACUCUCAUGAAUAAAUAAAAUCUUAAAAAAAAAGGAGAAGAGAAAACUUUCUCUCAUGAUGUCUGCAGCUUAGAAGCAGGCAGUGUAACAUCUCAUUACCAGCUCACAAGCAUGACAAGUAAUAAGUUCCAGCAUUGCAUGCCCCAUCUGUGGAUUUAGUGAUGCUAUCUGAUCAUUGUUUAUUUCCGUUGUGGGGUCUUUGCAAUUUAGAGCACAGUCAUUACUCAUUGUAUCUGGGUAGUCUUGACUUCAUGUCAUUGUGACUGUUACUUCCAGAAUGCUAGGAUUAAAUAAGCCAGGAACACCAAUGUUAAUACCUAAAUCAUUAUACUUAGGUAUUUUACAACACCUACAUCAUUACAAGUGCCCAACACAGAAUGUAUUGCUUUAGAAGCAGUCAUUGGUAAGAUGAAAAGAAUACAAAUGAAAUGACAUUUGUCAUUUGAAGUUCUCAUUUAAAGCACUGCUAUCAUUCCUGUCAUUAAAAUUUAUAGAAAAGCCACAUUAAGCUCAGAUUCACAAGAAGAUGGGGAAGCAGAUUAACUUCUGGUGUUUGUUAGAGUGGUCAUGUUAAGGGAGCAUUUAAACCACGGACUUGCUACCGCUGUAGCCAGCAAAGUGGCUUGUGGGUUUAUCUCCAAACUGUGAUGAUCACAGGGCAGCUAUCAGUGAAUGAGCAAGUUAAUGUAUACUUACUCUAUCACAUGUUUGUACAGAGCAGGGUGUGUCAGGUGAGGACACCUGAGCUCCUGGCCAGCUAUGUUUCACAUACAAGGUUAGGUCAGACCACUAAGGGGAAAGGUUGGGCCUCUGUCAUUUUGUGAGGAGCAGUCUGUGAACUGUCUUCACUGCCUGGUACACCGAGAGCACAAACUGUGCUAGCUCAGACCUAUUGCCACACUGCUCUUUGCUGUAUUGGAAAACAAAUUCUUUGUACCUAUAUGUUUACUCAGUAAACUGUUCAAUGAUUGA